GGGUGAUUGAUUGGUGUGGUGCGCAGGCGCAGUGGACCUGGAAAUGUUCGGGAUGACUGUUGUUGUCUCAAGCUGACGAGCUGCUCGGAAGUCCCAGACCAUGAAUAUUGUGGGCCAGUUAGCAGAGACGGUGUUUGUGACGGUGAAGGAGCUGUACCGUGGCCUUAACCCUGCCACACUCACCGGAGGAAUCGAUGUCAUCGUGGUCCGGCAGCCCGAUGGAUCGUUCCAGUGUUCCCCCUUUCACGUUCGGUUCGGCAAGCUCGGAGUGCUGCGCUCCAAGGAGAAAAUUGUGGACAUUGAGAUAAAUGGAGAAUCUGUUGACCUGCACAUGAAGCUGGGAGACAAUGGAGAAGCUUUUUUUGUGGAAGAAAGUGGAAAUAUGGAGGCCCAGGUCCCAGCCCAUCUCUGCACCUCCCCAAUUCCCCUUGAGGUCCCUGAGGAGACAGAGGAGACACCCGAGGGAUCCUCCUUUGCUGGGUCUGGUGCUCGCAGGAAGAAACGCCGCCGCAAACGCAUUCGCUCCGAUACUCACCUGAGGGAAGAGUACUCCUCAUCAGAUGAGAGAGAACGAGAGAAGGAGUGGGAGAGAGAUUGUGAUCAGGCUGGACCAGAGAGUCCUUCUCAAGAGGAUCUUGUCUCACCGUUACAAGUCAGUAAAUCAGUGUACUACUCGCUGUCUGAGGAGCCAAGUGAAGAGAUGAGUCCCACGCAGACCAGAGACACUCGCCCUCACUCAGACGGAGAACAGUCGCCCUUGGAAAGCAGCGUGUUUUACAGUCGGCCGUCUUCUCCUAAGAGCGACUCAGAGCUUUUUCUUAAAUCCGAAGAUUCCCCUGGACCUCAGAUGCAGUGGAACUGGGGAGGUUUUCCCAUGCUUUGUCAGUCAGAGAGGACACCAGUGGACUUACAGCGCAUCUCCCCUUCUGGGAGAUCUCAUUUCUGCACCAUUGAGAGACAGGACUCCUUCGAUAUGGGCUUGGAGCCUGUGAUCAGCUGUGGAAGACUGGGCAGUGUAACAGUGGUCAGACCACAACCCAGGACUCAGUCCCUCAACCACGCCAUGCACACCACUCCUUUAUCCAUUGAGACAAAGUCUUCAUCAUCAGUUAAGGUGGAUGUGGACUCAAGACAAACACUUGAAAUCACAUCAGAAGGGAACAGAGACUCAUCUAUUUAUUCUGCUAGUCUGAUUAAUGGCACUGACUCCCUUGAUAGCAAAGAAAGCACAGUUGCUACUGAGCACGUUAGCACUUUGACUGAAACAGUUGGUACAGUUAUUGCGGUCAGUGUGACCACAGUAGAAACAAGUCCAAGUAGUACAGCGCCAUCACACCUACAAAAGCAGGGUGCUUCAUCUGAACAAAGUGAACAGGGUUCGACCAGUAGUGCCCCUGCCAGUGAGGGGGACAGUGGGAUAGAUCCCUGUGCGGAGGGAGGGGAAGAAGACAAUGGACCUGGAGAGAUGGAGGCGUCAAACGGGGACACUCUGUCCAACGACACUUCACCGAAAGAUGACACUGGAGACGUGAAGGACGACUGGACGGCUGCAGAGGGGUCAGCAAUCUCAUCUGAGAUGUCUUCCAAAGUGGAGCAAGAGGGCAAGAAGAGAGGUAAACGGAAUCACCAUCUAGAACCAACAGAUAUUUACUUGGAUGAUUUGACCUCACUGGACCCAGAAGUGGCUGCACUCUAUUUCCCAAAGAGUGAAGCAGAGGCAGCAUCUCAGCACGGGGCAGAGCAGGGCUCACUCUCAGGGAGUCAAUCCCCUCACUCAGUGGGCAGCGGGGCCAUAGACAGCGGCACAGAGUACCUGUCAGACUCCACCUCCUACAACAUGGACAUCAGCAUGUCCCUCUGCGGAGGAGAGGGCAACACCAGCCAGAUCACCAAAGAAAAGUUUAUGGAGCACAUUGUGACAUACCAGGAUUUUUCUAACAAUCCAGGGAUCAUUGAGGAUCCAAGUCUUGUCAUCUGCAUCAACUCCAACUAUUAUAACUGGGCAGUCGCUGCUCCAAUGGUCUUGUCAAUGACAACUUUCCAGAAAAACCUGCCUAAGAGUUCAAUAGAGCGGUUGGUGAAGGACAAGAUGCCCAAAAAGUCUGGACGCUGGUGGUUUUCCUGGAGGAGAAAAGACAUGGACAAUAACCAACUAAAAAAUUCAAAGGAGGCAGAAGAGGAGCAGCUGGCCAAUGUUUCUUCCACAGUGAAAGCCACACUGGAUGACAUCGAGAGUGAUGAGGCAGCAGGGCUCGGACGGAAAGCAACGCUUCCUUCCAGCCAAUCAACAGACACCCUGAGCGCCACUCAGUGUAUCAGCCAGAUGUACCGCAAAUCACUGCGCCUGACCUCUAAACAGAUAGAACGCUUAAACCUGCGUGAGGGAGCCAACAAGGUGGUGUUCAGUGUGACUACACAGUACCAAGGCACCUGUCGCUGUGAGGCUGCUAUCUACCUGUGGAACUGGGAAGACCGUGUCAUCAUAUCAGACAUAGACGGCACCAUCACCAAGUCUGAUGCUCUCGGUCAUAUUCUACCUCAGUUUGGAAAAGACUGGACGCAUAAAGGCAUCGCCAAACUCUACCACAAAAUACACCAAAAUGGUUAUAAGAUCCUGUAUUGUUCAGCGAGGGCAAUAGGUAUGGCUGCUAUCACAAAGGAUUACCUACAGUGGGUCAAUGACAGAGGCACUGUGCUUCCUAAAGGCCCAGUACUGCUGGCUCCCAGCAGCCUCUUUUCAGCUCUACACAGAGAGGUGAUUGAGAAGAAGCCGGAGGUGUUUAAAGUUGCUUGUCUCAGUGACAUCAGGGACCUGUUCAACCAACAGAAACAUCCAUUCUACGCCGCCUUCGGCAACAGGACUAAUGAUGCUUAUGCCUAUAAGCAGGUUGGAGUGCUUGACACCAGGAUAUUUACUGUCAACCCAAAAGGAGAGCUCAUCCAGGAAAGGACCAAAGGCAACAAGACCUCGUACUGUCACCUGAGUGAAUUGGUGGAACAUUUCUUCCCAGUGCUCCCUGCUGAGGGCAGCCUGUCCUCUGCCUUUUACUAUCCUGAGUACAGCAGUUUCUCCUAUUGGAAGGAGCCUCUGCCAAAACUGGACCUGGAUGCACUACUGUAGAAACACGCCCACAUUGAACAAAACACACAGAAGCAUCAACACUCCUGCUCAGUUCUCUCAUUUUCCAGAAAGGCAAUUCAAUGGAUUGUCCCCAACAUGCAUGAAUGUUGCCUUUGAUAGACCUGCCAACUGUGGAGCCUCUAUUAUGAGCCACUGGAUGAUCUGGAACAUAAAGAGGCCCCUGUUCUUUUUUUACACUCCACUCAAAUGCAGAGGCAAAUCAAGCCAUAAAAUGCAUGAAUUCUGCAUUUAUACAACAGAAAUCCCAUCAUGCAUUAAUCUCAGUGCCCUUAUAUUUGCUAUAGCUGUUUACACACUCACCCUAAUGGACAAAUAUGGCUUCAGACUGUUUCACUGACUGCUAUUGUGUCAUAUCAAAGCCUUUCCAAAAUGUUAAUUCAAGCUGAAUUUUAGUUUUAUAACCUCAACACUGUCAUACAUUUGACAUGGACCAAAAUAUUUUUGUACAGAAAUAGAGAAACUGAGCUUUAUUAGAACAUUUUAAUUGAAGCCUAAAUUACUGCGAAUGCCAAAAUGGUGUAACUGCUGUUCUCUGCUUUCUGUGACAGACCUGGAAAUGAUCAGUGUCCUGCUUAUACCAAAUCACUAUAAUGUGACUAACUGAAACAGACCCACCCACACGUAGCUGCAAGACCAACUGUUCCUGUAUUCCAUGGACAUUGUUUCGAUUGUGUUUGUGUAUUCAUGACAACAGUGACUGUCUUUGUGUUUGACUGUUGUGAGGAGGAGGAGGAAGAGGAGCUUUUAUAGCUGCAUGUACCAGGCAACCAAAUAUGGUGUGUGAGUGUAUUUAAAACUAUUUGAUUUAUUCUUUAUUCUAAUUUCUUUUAGUCUUGUUUGUCCCCAUAAGUAUGUGAUGCAGUAGCUGGAGUUCAUCCUGAUCAGGGUUGAACAUUAUUAGUUUAGUCUUAAAAGAGCAGUAGCCUCAGGAGUGAAGACCCUUUAAGAGUAAUAACAACUGAGUCAAAGCUCAAUAUGGAGUUAGAGCUGCUUGUAAAGUGUAAUAGAUUUAUUUUUGAUUCAGAACACUAGGGCUGUAAUAACUAAGCUGGUCAUUGUCAACUAACACAAAGCACAUUUCAACUCUUCCUAUGAGCUUCGGCAGCACCAUGUUUAGAAAUGUUUGUACACUACAUGAGGCGAGGUGGGUCAGACUGACAGUGACUUUACUCCAGAUGUGUAAACACACCGAGGGGUUGGUGGGGUUUAAAGUGGUGAUUUAUCCUGGCGCUGUGCCUUUAUACUACCACAACACUGUUUUAUUUAUUGUCUUUACAUAUCUUUCAUUAUCCAACCGUGUGGGGAUGUAUUAGAGACAAAAGAUGUUAUUUUAAAACCAAUGUAAAGAAAUAUUCAUUAAAUUAAAACAACAAUGCCUGCUG